AUGGCCCCGUUCGCGGUGCCUCCGGGGCUCCCGCCGCCGUACGCCGCCUACCCGUACUUCGGCGCCGUCCGCCACCCCGCGCCGUACGUCCAGGCGGUGGUCCAGCUGCAGUCGGUGACGGCCGCGAACUUCGACGCGGAGCUGGACCUGGUCGCCGCCCUGCUCCCGCGCCACCCCUACGUCGUCGUGGACACGGAGUACCCGGGCACCGUCCACCGCCCGCCCGCGGGCGCGCGCGACGCCGACCUCAGCCCCGACGAGCGCUAUGCCCUGGUCCGGGCCAACGUCGACGAGCUGCCAAUCGUGCAGCUCGGCCUCACGCUCUGCGACGCGCACGGCAACCUGCCCGUCGUCGUCGACUACGAGACCGGCCACCACGUCGAGCGCGCCUGGGAGUUCAACUUUUCGGACUUCGACAUCAACCGCCACCGCCACGCGGCCCCGUCCGUCGAGUUCCUAAGGUCGCAGGGGAUCGACUUCGACCGGGCGCGCGAGUGCGGCGUCAGCUCGGCGGCGUUCAAGGACAAGCUCGCAGGGAUCCUGUCGGCGCCGGGGGGGAACGAGCUGACCUGGGUGGCGUUCGGCGGGGCGUACGACCUGGCCUACCUCGUCAAGAUGCUCGGCGACGGGCAGCCGCUGCCGGAGACGAGGGCGGAGUUCAUGGAGAGGGUGAGGGCGCUCCUCGGCGGGCGAGUGUUCGAUGCCAAGUACAUGGCGGAGAACUGCGGCCGCGGGGACCUGCGCGGCGUUGGCAUCAGAAGCGUCGCCGCAAACCUCGGCGUGCUGCGGCCCAUCGUGGAACCGCCAUGCCUCGCCGGGCCCAAGAGCCUCACGGCAUGCCGGAUCCAUACGGUGAUGAGGUUGCACAUCCUGUCCCAAGACGACGUCGCCGCCUACGAAGGUCUCAUCGACGGAUUACAGUGA